AUGGAUAUUGAACAUAUUAGUGCAUCAGAUGAUCUCUCCAACAUCACCUCCAUUGAGAUCUUGAAGAGAGUCAAUGCUUUGCUCAAGUUGCAAGAGCGCAUUCAGGAGUUGGACCAACAAAAGGAGAAAGAGCUACAUUUGGUCGAUAUGAAAUUCCAACCAGAGUUUGAUAAAUUGUACACAAAGAGAGCUACCUUUGUCUCUGGCGCUGCUGAGCCAACUGAGGAGGAGUGUGCUGCUGAGGUCCCAGUCGCUGUUGAGGGUCUUACAUCAGGAGAUGCUAAGGGUAUCCCAUCAUUCUGGUUUAAUGCUUUGGUCAACUCUGGAAAGUUUGAAUCUAUUAUUGGAGAUAAUGACCAGGAGGUACUCCAAUACUUGAACGAUAUUAACAUCUCCAACUUGAAGGAGGAUCAGAGCUUCACUCUCAACUUUGUCUUUGCCACCAACCCAUACUUUACCAACGAAUCGGUCCAGCUGGAGCUGGUGCUCAAGGACGAGCAGCUCGAAUCGAUCAGAGUGUCGCCCGUCGAGUGGAAGGAGGGCAAGAAGACCGCCGUUACCAAGCUGAUCACCGAGAAGAAGAUGAAGAAGAAGGGACCAAAGGGCAAGAAGCCAACCGUCGUCACCAAGACCAUCGAGGAGAACGCAAAGUCGAUCUUCACCACACUGCUGAUCGAUGCCUCUUCGCCAGACAAGUUCUCCGACGCCCUGGCGGGUGAGGAGGAUGACGAGGACAUGGAGGACGAUGAGGGCAACGUCGCUGAGGCUUCCUUCCGCUACGUCCAGUACCAGGCCAUCGUCGACCUGAAAGAUUCUAUUAUCCCAAGCGCCAUCGAGUCCUUCCUGGGUCGCGUCGAGGACGAGGACGACGAGGGAAUGUAUAUGGAUGGUGAGGAUGAAGAGAUGGACUUUGACGAUGAGGACGACGAGGAGGAUGAUGAUGAGGAUGAUGAGCCAGUCAAUGCCCGUCGUACCGGUGGUAACAAGGCCAGACAACCAACUCCACCAGCUCCAACCAACCCAGAGUGCAAGCAACAAUAA